GAUAAAGAGAGAGAGAGAGAGAGAGAGAGAGAGGAGGGGAAGGGGAGCACAGUCACACACCCUUUAGAGAACUCACAGGAAGGGAAAGAGAAGCACACAUUCUGAUAUCUUUUAAAAAACAUUUUACGUCUCUUCAGUCACAGCAAGGCUGCUGGGCUCUCAGUUAGUCAAGCUUCAGUGGAAGUCACAAACAUGUCCACAUCAAUCCUGCGACGAAAUUCCAGCAUAAAGAGACUGCAGAAGCUUGAGAGGCUCACUGCUCAGCGCAGUCUGGAGGAUACAGAAGAAAUUGAGAGGGAACGCAGAAGACGUACAAGAGCCAGUUCCUCUGCUGAGCCCCAAUCCUAUGUGACCCCGCAGGACACCCCGCACAAUGCACAGAGUCUGGACAAUCAGGGUCAAAACGAUCUGGUUCCACGUUCUCCACAAUCUUUUGAAGAGGACGAAGGCUUCAGCGAUUGGACACAACAGCUGAGUAGGCGAAAGCAGAGACAAAUGGCGCAAGUGGAUGUUGAACCACAUUUAAAUGAAUCCCAUCACUCGAAAGUCCAACUGUGUUCCAGCUCUGCUCAAAGUAAACUGUAUCAAAAUGAAGACGACAUGUAUGACGCAACCACAUUCAAACAGACCCGAUCACCCCUUUCAAAUCAGAAAAAUGUAGAUGAGGGUGACGAUGAAGGUGAUGAUGUCAGAGAGAAAGAAAUAAUGAAUAACAUUCACAAAGAGAAAGAGUUCAGGCGAUGGUGUGAAGAGGAGGAGAAUCCAGGAAGAACGAAAGACAAUGAGUCCUGGAGAAGAGAAAACCAGAGAUGUGAAAUGGAUGAGAAGGGUAUGGAUAAGAAGGCAGAGAUGAAGAUAUCCUUUACCUCCACAAUCCUCCUCCAACAGAAUGGGAGAUUAAACAGCACUAAUGGACAUGACGGGAGGCAAAUAAAUGAAACGUGCAAAAGGUCACAAAGAAGCAUGGACUCUCCAGUCGAUUCGGCUGAUCUCUGCACAUCAGAGAGUGUGUCCGAGGAUGUGUUUGUAAGGAGCAGUGAAGAAAAUCAUCAGCCCAGAGAUACAGGAGAUCAGGUACAGAGAAGGAUGAUAGAAGAGGGGAGAGAUAGGAGGAGGAGGGAUGUGAUGGAGAAGCUGAAGAGGUUGAGUAUAUCCAGCGGAGAUCCAGAGGAGCCCUUCAGUCCUCUCAGCCCCAAAAGUCCCGCCUACAUGACUGAGGGUGAGGAGUGUCACUCAGAAGGUUCAAGUUCGAUCGCCGAGAGGACCGAGUCUCUAAACCGGUCUAUUAAAAAAAGAAACAGCAUUAAGAAGACCCAACCUCCAACCAUCAUCUCUAAACUAGAUUGCAGAGUGGAGCAGUACAACCAUGCUGUUGAGGAGAGCAGUAAGGAAGGAAAUGCAGCCAAGCAACCACUAAUGGAUGUCCCGACACCAGAAGAACCUGUAUCAGCUCGGAAGACACUGUUUGAGGCAGGGGAAGCCUGGAAUCAAACUUCAGGAAAGACCCCGCCCUCCAAGGACACAGAGGGAAUGAAGGUGGGCGUGGCAGAUCUAAUUAACCAAUGGGUUAAGGGAAACUCUGAUGUCAGCUGCAAAAGCCCCUCCUCCACAACAGAUGUUAAGGCUGGAGAGGUGCGUAACAUAAAAUCCAUGUGGGAGAACAUGGGAGAAACAUUCUCUCAAGUCGAACCACAUGGAAAGGGAUAUGGUGGGAAAAAAUACAAAUUUGUUGUGAGUGGGCAUGGAAAGUAUGAGAAGGUCUUCAUUGAGGAUGACAAAAACUGAAAAACAAAUAACCUACAUAAACAGAUGAACUAGCAGAACUUUGAAAAAACUGGCUGAUAAUCACAAAGAUGGAAAACGAAAAGAUGCCGUUAUACAAAUGUAUAACAGAAUGUGAUCAUCUCCAUCAUUAUCACACAAUAUUACCGGUUAUUACUUACAUUAUAUAACACAUUACAUUAUAAUGUGAAGCUUUAAAUCCAGUUUUUUUUUUUAACUCUAUCAAGCUAUACACUUGAAUCACUUGUCAGACUGUUUAGUUUGGAAAAACACAACCGUCAGUAAGUAUUUAAUACAGAAUCAGGUCUGGAAGAUACUGGGAAUCAGUGAAAUAAACUUGUCUGUGAUGGUUUUUUAAAUCACAUUAAUGUAAUGUGAAAUGUUGGGGAGCACAGAAUGCUUCAAUUAAUUUUUAAAAUGGAUUUGCAUUUUAAAAGAGGAUAGAAAUAUGUAGGUUAUGUCCAGAAAAGAAGUAACAGAGCAAUGUUUUAUACAAAAUGUUCAACCUUUUUAGUGAAUGUUUUUUUUUCUGUUUGACUGUACUAUGAUUUUGCCAGAUUUUUGUCUCAUACAAUGAAGAACAUUUAGUUAAUCUUAAUACACACCCCAAUCUCAUAAAUGACUGUGAGGAUUGCAUGAAUAAAAUAAUGCAUUUUUA